AUGGCGAAUAUGCUCAGUUCGACAUGGCGCUCCUUUUGGCAUACCAUGACAUCCUACGACCGUCAUGCCUCCCAUGAUUCUCCCUAUCGCACUGGCCAACACGUGCCGCUCAGUCAAAGCCGCCAUGAACCUCUCACCUCCAUCGCUACUAGCGCCGCCGAAUCUCGCCCCGACCUCUCCAACCCCUACGAUGACGAGUCCACCAAGGGCCUGGCUACCGCACAAUCUACCGAAUUUAACGGUUCCCCGACGGAACUGGGUUCUUUAAACCGUCCUUACUCCCCCGGCAUGAGAUCACUCGCGUCGCAAAAGCGAGGUUCCCACGAGCAAGCUGAUGGCCCCGAGAUUCAGAUGCAAAGCUUCCACGACGGCGCGCCGCCGCCUCCUCCGGUCGCACACUCCUGGCGAAAGAUUGAGCGCUGGCUCGAGCACAACUAUGAGGAGCUGCUGGACAAUCUCGGCGAGGGGUGCACUCAAAAUGAUAUAAACGAAUUGGAACAUGAAUUGGAUUGCAGCCUGCCCUUGGAAGUGCGCGAGUCCUUGAUGAUUCAUGACGGUCAGGAGCGGGGUGGUUUGCCCACCGGUGUCCUCUUCAGUUGUAUGCUGUUGGACUGUGAGGAGAUUGUCCAGGAGCGCAGGACCUGGAAGACUGUCAAUGAUGAAUUCCUCAGCAACUCCAUGAUUAACAGCGCCCCUGUUUCUAGCUCCGCCGCUGGCUCUUCGGCGGCUGCGGCCUCCCAACAGAACAACCAUGGGACUCUCAACCCCCCCGGUGCCGUGCAAAAGGCCUAUGCUCACCACGGUUGGAUCCCAGUUGCCCGUGACUGGGGCGGCAACCACCUCGCGAUUGACCUGGCUCCCGGUCCUGCUGGCAAAUGGGGCCAGGUCAUCAUCUUCGGCCGUGACUACGAUUGCAAGUAUGUGGUUGCUCGGUCCUGGGCUGCUUUCUUGGCCACCUUUGCGGAUGAUCUCUGCAGCGGCAAGGUCAUCGUGGACGAAGAGACAAACGAGCUGCAGUUGAAGGAGUUCAAGUCGCAGAGUGUCAACCCUCCGUACCUGGAAAUUCUGCGGUGGAGGACCGACCAGAAGUACGGCCGUCGCCCACAGCGCCGACGUCCCAACGGGCCUGGUGGAAAUGCUCCUGGUAACCGCAGCAGCAAGGACUCUCCAUACGGUAGCCCAACUGGGGCUGAAGAGCGUGGUCGGUCGCCAAACCGUUUCCCCAAUCGCGGACCUGCCCAGAGCCCCAAGAACCCGUUCGGCAUGUCGAGCCCGCUUGCUCGCGUGACCGAGGAAACCUCCAGCCCCAUCGGCACUGCGGGACCCACCAUCUCAGAAGAUGCCCGGGAGCCCGGCGUCAAGGACGAGACGGAAGAUCUGCUGGAGGUGGCUACUCCCCAGAUCUCCAACAAGGAGAACGAAGGUUUUGAGAAGACAGAAACAAAGUCAACAGACACGGACAAGACCGGGACCGACGAUGCGGCAGGACCCUCGAAUGUCAUCGACUCGGAGGUCCUGGGAGAGAUGAAGAACGUGGCCAUUUAG